AUGGAGUCCUACAACUUCGCCGUCCUGACCAACGUCCUCAUUGCCCCUGGCGACCCAAACCUGCACCAGCGGAUGCUGCUGAACGCCUACCGCUCUGUCUGCCCUGGUGGCCGCGUGCUUUGCAUCGUUCCGGCUUGGGAGAGUGCCAUGUACGUUAACAUGCGCUGCGACGAGGAGAAGUACGAAGGCCCCUAUUCCGUGGGCGUGGCGGGCCAGAAGCCCACGAGGGCGGAGGGCGCCGAUGUAGUGAAGGGCAUCCUCAGAAGGUCGGGUGUUCGGACGAAGCACUACCUGGAGCCGGAGUUCCGGCACCUGGCCGCGAAGGUCGGGCUUCAGGUUGAGAUGUGCGAGCGCGUGGAGUACAGCUGGAGAUCGGAGCUGGGUCUGUCUUCUGACUGCCAGGUGCCUCCGAGACUGCAAGACUCGCCACUGCCCUGGGACUGGCUGUUCCUCCUCCAACGCCCGGGCUCCGAGGAGACGAAACGACAGGGAUCGAACCCGGCCCUGAUCCAGUCUGACUCAGAGACUCGGCUACCAAAGCUCUUCCAAAACAAGGCAUCGCCAUCUCGGGGUGCAGACUCCUCGCAGGAGCUCUCCGCGAAGCCAACCGACAGCCAGAAGUCUUUGUUCAACCUCAUCCGCGGCGCCGGCUCUGUCUCACAGUGCGACCUCUGA